GCGCGGUCGCGACCCACCUCCACCGAGCCCACGGCAGCCUCGGCCCUGGGCACUGACGAGGAGGGGCGCGUGCCACGACGACCAACAAUUCCGUACGCCCCGCUCAGGAUCAGCAACACGGCCGCUCCCGCUGAAGACACCGCAUCGGUCUACAUCGACGAGCAGUCUCUCGAUGACUCCCAAUCGUACUGUCCGCCCCACGAGCCGUCAGGCCUACGCGCAGAUGGGAGCGAUCAAUUGGGGGACCGAUCUGACGUGGUUCGCGUUCAUGGCCACGUGCGCGAACCCUCCGGCGCGCCCUGGGCCGGAGGGGACAGCGAGCUCGCCAAGUCAUUCGACUAUUCUGAAAGCCCGAACGUGUACCAGGAGUCGGCGGGGUCAUCCAUGGCGUGGUUCGUUUGGCUCGUGCGCAGCCUUCCCUCGCAGACCUACCACCAAGCCCGAACGUGGCCAGACUACGACGAGUCGGCCGACAUCUACCUGGUCAAUGACAACGAGCUCUACGUGUACCCGGAGCACUCUGAGUUCUUUGCGGUGUUCACCUCGGAGCUGUAUCGCGUCGAGGACUCCUCUCGCUACUACUUCAUCAUCUCCGACGAGGGAGACAAGCUCGGGAUCAUUUUCAGCACGCGGGAGGAGAGCGCGGCAUUUGCCCGGGCGAUCGAGCCGGGCCUGGGCUACGACAUACCCGUCGGGGGCGUGUGGGACAAUGCGGGCGGCAAGGUCGGUGGUGGCACCGAUCCCAAGUGGAAGAGCCAAAAGAAGGACAAGUCCAAGUCGGUCGUCGUACGGGAUGAGGGCGACACGAUAUGUCAAGAAUUUGAGGAGAAGGAGGUGAUGCACGACGGGUGGUUCGAUGCUCCGGCCAAGCACGCCGGUCUGAGCCUCAACCAGCUGCGAACGAUGCCUGUAAAUUUGGAAGAGCGGGAAGUGAUAGAGGUGGACGCACGCCACGACGCGCGACUGCAGAACAUUCUCCGCCUGACGCAGCUCCUCUUCUCCAAGUUCCCGACGCUCGAAACCAAAGUCCGUGUCAUCGCUCUCCAGGUCGCCAACGCGCUGGGCGGCGUGUACAGCGAGGAUCUGCGGGAGAUCCACGUCGCGCACAUACAAAAUGUAAAGAAAAAGCUCCAGUCCAACGUUGUCCCCCUCGGAAGCAUCAAAUUCGGCGUAUUGCGCCAUCGCGUCAUUCUAUUUAAAUACCUCUGUGACCAUCUGCACCCAUCACUGCCGUGCACGCUCUCCAUGAACGAGGAGGGCAUGCUCUGUAAUCUCGUUCCCGUCUCGUCCAACAUCACCAAAUACAAGGGUGUGGACGUGAUGGCGGUGCCGGGUCGCUUGAGGGCCGAGGGCCGGGACAGGAAGAUCAUGUGGCGCGGCUCGCAGGGGGCGGCGUCGGCCGAGCGCCACGUGAUCCUGCCCGACCUGCAGAGCGAGCCCAUCGUGUUCCACAAGAAGCUGGGCGAGGGCGGCUUCUCCACGGUCUAUCGAUGCGCCAUCGGACCGCUCACGUGUGCGGCCAAGGUGUACAAGCGAACGGACGACCGGAUUGGGAAGGAACUGGUGCGAGAGUGCAUGAUCCAGACCCACCUCUCCCACAAAAACAUUCUCGGCUGCCUCGGUUACGAGAAAACGGCGACGGACUUCCGCAUCUUCUUCGAGUACAUGGGCCUGGGCUCCUUCUGGGACGUGCUCUAUCGCCGCAAGGUGGCACUCAAACCGUUCGAACCCAAGGAAAUCGCCUACUACGCAUCGGAGGUGGCGCGCGGGUUGCACUACCUCCACCGCAACAAGAUCUUCCACCGCGACAUCAAGAGUGCGAACAUCCUCGUGGACGGCGACGAGGGCGAGUUCUUCAAGUCGGUCAAGCUGUGCGACUUCAACAUAUCGACCUACCGCUCCGACGCCUUCUCGCGCGUCGGCACCCCACAAUACAUGGCCCCGGAACUGCUCAACAACACGGAGGGACGACCAAUCGACACCGAGAAAGCCGACAUGUGGUCGUUUGGCAUGUUCAUUGUGGAGCUCAUCACCCUCGACGCGCCGUACGCUGGGCUGGCCGAGGGCGAGUACGCACGCCUCAUCUCCCGUGGCAUCCUGCCGCCCAAUCUGCCCUCAGUAAAGGAGAACAAAGGGGUGGAGCUUGUGAUAAAGUGCUGUAACCUCAACCCAGCACUACGGCCAUCAGCAAGGGAUGUGGUGGUCUACCUGAACCCACUCGAUGACUCGUGUAAUGUACCCUGA